AUGGUCGGCCCCGCGCGCUCGUUCGUCGCAGCACUCGUCGCGAUAGCGCUAGUGACCGCGCGCGCCCAUUUAACCUCCCACGACAACAUACUCAGAAUACAACUGUGGGACGCGGAGGGCCUCAGCCGGGACCCUAUCACGACUUACGCUCCUACCGUUCCUCCGAAGCGAAAGUUGGAAGUGAAUUUGGAGUCGUUGAACGAUGCCAUGCUCGAAGAAUGGUACGGAAGCGGAAGGUUUACCAGGCACAGGGUGCGCCACAAGAGGCGCCGGCCUCGGCACAGCGGCGACUUCCCCUGGAAGUUCCACUCCGGCCGAGACCCCAUCAACGUGCUUGUGUAUGAACCAGAAGUGCCAUGGGAUGUUAUCGAGAAACGCAGCGUGAACGAUAGUGCAGUGAGUGUGAGUGCCAGUUCGGAGCGGGAGGUGUCACCGCCGAUGACGUUGCGGCUUCCCGAGGAGGAUGCCCCCUCGAGCGGCGAUGCGUUGAUAAAAGUGAAUGCCCUUCAUUGUUUUAAAAAUAUUUUCACGCGGUUGCAUGUAGAUGGUAUCGUCGUUGAUGCGGGUGGUAGGGUGAUAUUUUUAAGAAAGCGUGUGCAACUGAUUAUCUCGAGAUAUGGGCACAAGAUUAUCACUCGGUACUGGUGUUACAGAACUACUUUAGAUGGUUUUAGCUAUUGGGUGAUACACACCACCAAACUUAACAUAUCCAAACAUAAAAUAGAGUUGGUGCAAUUUCCGUAUAAAGUAGUGGACCCCUAUUUCGUAUUCUCGUCAAAAGCUGCCCCGUCAAUAUUGGGUCAGCUACAAAUGUCAGGUGCCCCCGAACAUUUGAAUACGUUCACACAUGACUGGUUUCGCGCUGCCCUUUCACCUGAAAGUUUAACCUUUGACGGGACCAACUCAAAUUUGACACGUAAAUGUAAUUCCUAA